UGGCGGCCAGGUCGCUUUUUUGCCUCCGGAGAGCGAGAGAGCGAGGGAGCAGGAGAUGGCCGGGGGUGGUCGCUGAGGGAGCUUUCGGGUUUCCUUGAGGAGAUGGUCCCGUGAACCUCGGUGUUGCACCGUCCGACCGGCCGGCCGGCGAAGCCAUGGCGACCGUCGGGCUUAAGGCAGCGAGCGGCGGCGGCGGCAUAUGGAAGGGUGGCGGGGCAGCAAGCCUCCAGCUGGUGGCCGCUGUAUCCAGCCGCAGCGGCUCUUCCCAAACCCGCAGCGCGGGCGGGGAAGGGCGCUUGGACUGCGGNGGCGGCGGCGGCCACCCAAGGGCCGGGCAGCACCAGUCUGCGGGGCAUUCCCAGCCGCCCUCGUCUUCUGGCAGCGCCAGAGCCAGGAAAGCCACGGACUCCGGUCCUGCCGCCGCCGCCGCUUCUCCUCCUCUCGUGGGCACCCACCCGCCUAGCCCGAUCGAAAAAAUCGACCCGAAAACCUACCUCUGGGCCAGAUACCACGAGAUGAAAAAGCUGGUGCAUGAUCUCCUUCCACCAGGGGUCUGCAGUCUUCUUAAUCCAGCAGCUAUUUAUGCAAAUAAUGAGAUCAGUCUGGGAGAUGUGGAGAUCUAUGGCUUUGAUUAUGAUUACACAUUAGCACAGUAUUCAAACUUGCUGCAUACUAUGAUAUUCAACACUGCUAGAGAUAUCCUAAUUGAACAAUAUAAGUAUCCAGAGGGACUCAGAAAAUAUGAAUACAUUCCUGGAUUCGCUAUAAGAGGACUUCACUAUGAUGUGCAUAAAAGCCUGCUGAUGAAGAUUGAUGCUUUCCAUUAUGUUCAGCUGGGUACUGCAUAUCAAGGCUUGAAACCAGUGCCUGAUGAAGAGGUUAUUGAGAUGUAUGGUGGAACUCAACAUAUCCCAUUAUACCAGAUGAGUGAUUUUUAUGGCAAGGGCCCAUCAAUUAAACAGUUUAUGGAUAUCUUCUCGCUUCCUGAAAUGACUUUGCUUUCAUCAGUGACUGACUAUUUCAUGACUCACAAUAUUGAGUAUGAUCAAGUUCAUCUUUACAAGGAUAUCAGUGAUGCCAUUAAAGAUGUCCAUGUGAAAGGAAUGAUGUACAAAUGGAUUGAAAAGGACAUGGAAAAAUACAUUCUUCAUGGAGAUGAAACAUACACCGUCCUAAAUCGGCUGGUUAACCACAACAAAAAACUCUUCCUUAUUACAAAUAGUCCCUUUACCUUUGUUGAUAAAGGAAUGAAGUACAUGGUUGGCAAAAACUGGCGAGAUCUUUUUGACAUGAUCAUUGUGCAAGCGGAUAAGCCUAACUUCUUCACCGACAGACGCAAACCAUUUAGAAAAGUGGAUGAAGAAGGUUCUCUUCAUUGGGACAAAAUAAGCAAACUGGAGAAAGGAAAAAUCUAUAAGCAGGGCAAUCUGUUUGAUUUUUUGCGGCUAACAGGCUGGCGUGGAUCCAAGGUCCUUUAUUUUGGUGACCAUUUGUACAGUGACCUUGCAGAUCUCAUGCUGCGCCAUGGUUGGAGGACUGGAGCCAUUGUUCCAGAAUUAGAAACAGAAAUCCGGAUCAUUAAUACGGAACAAUACAUGCACUCCUUGACUUGGCAGCAGGCUCUUACAGGACUUCUGGAGAGAAUGCAGAUGUAUCAAGAUGCAGAAUCUAAACAGGUGCUGCUCGAGUGGAUGAAGGAGCGACAGGAAAUUAGGUCACUUGCCAAGAACCUGUUUAACCCCCAGUUUGGAAGCAUAUUUCGAACCUUCCACAAUCCAACCUACUUUUCCCGAAGACUGAUUCGCUUCUCUGACAUCUAUAUGGCAUCCAUAAGUUGCCUGCUGAACUACGAUGUGAACUUCACUUUCUAUCCUCGGCGAACCCCUCUGCAACAUGAAGCCCCCCUCUGGAUGGAUCAGCUCUGUACUGGCUGCAUGAAGACACCGUUCUUGGAAGAAAUGGUGCAUAUCCGGUAAAAAGUGCCCCGUGGUCUUCAGUUGGAACAACAUACAGUAUGUUUGAGAAGCUCCCUCCUCUGCCUUCCCCCCAGAUGCUUCUUAAGGGUUUGCAACUUGGUUACUGUGUGACCACUGGCAGCACUUUGCUUCUCAGCAAGCAGAUAUCGAAGCUGAAUUAUGCUUUUUUGAAUUCCUUCACUGAUCAGGAAUAAUCAAGGUUGGAUCAGAAUUUUUUUUCUCCGCCCCAAAUGAAAAAAAAUGUCUAUUGAAGUUCCUUGUUCAUUGAAAUUCUUCCCAACCUGUGCAACUCUAGGCUUCAGGCACUUUGGAAACAUAAACGAAAACAACUAGUAUUUCCCAAAUUUGUGCACACCCUUUGGGCUAGUUGGCCAUGUCUGCCCAGGGACUUCACAUUUAGGAGUAUUCACGUGUGAUAACACAAGCAGAUGUACGAUAAAUCUGUUAACCAUGUACAGUACUAGGAGUACCUCCAAAAUUUAGAUUGUGGUCAUCAUCCUUGACCACCAGGCUCUGGUGCAUCAACUAAAAUAACCAAAAUUACUGGAAAAAAGUAAUAAAAUUAUGUUUCAAUCAACUCAUAGUGGGAUUGAUUAACACUUAACAAGAUUUUCAGUACACAGGUACUAAACAUUUAAUGAGGCUUUCAGUGUACUACAGUAAUUUGCUUUUUUUAGAAGAAUCAGGUGGGAUGCAAUAAAGAGCAAACAGUAACUCUGAAUGUAAAGUUGAUUUACUAAUAGGUCCCAUUCUCAUCUUAUUUUACCCUUCUGCAUCCUGCUAAGUUUCUCACCUCACAGAAUUCUGGCUGCUGUUCAAAACUUAAUGCAGUUUCACAUCAGUCUGCCUGCAUUUUUGCUUGGUUUUGGGCUGGUUCACAUGUUCCACAGGAUUGCACCCAAAGACUUAAAGUAGCACUGCCCAGUGAAAGCACGGUUGGACAUAACACAUGUUGACAUGUGUUAAGAGCUUCUCUUAACUCUGCAUGUAACUGAGUGAUGGGUACACAUGGGUAAGCCAGCCUUACUUCUAAAAACUGUUUUUCAUCACUAUGUAUUAGUAUCUGUAAUGGUAUCAGUAUAGCUUUGGUUGAAAUAAAUGUUUUCUCAGCUGUUCAUUUUCA